CAACAUUACAUUUCAGCAGUCCAAUAUCAGGUGGAGACCAAGAUACCAUACGCGGCACUGAUUGUUUACAAGGAAAUUUGAUACUUGCCAUGUUCCUAGAAAUCUGCUCCAACUCGUAGGGGCAGCCUUUCCACGCGUUUUAAUCCACCACGAGAGUCUGAUUUGAUGCAAGUUCUAGAUUUCCAUCAUAUCCAUUGCCUUCCCUCUGAAUAUUAUUCCAUUUCUGCCUAACCAUAUCGACCAAAUCAGUGAAUAAGGGAUGAGGCUCCAUAUUAGUUUAUCCAUUGAAUGGGCAUAGUGGUCCCAUUCUUCCACUAGCUGCAGUAAUGAUGUCGGGCAUGACCAUGAAAGGCCCUCUUUAAGUAUAAUAUUGUUCCAUAAUGCAUUAACCUUAGUGCACCACAAAAAGAGAUGGUUGUUGGACUCUUCACUGAUAUUGCAUAAACAUCAAAGACCAGAAUCUUCCAAUAGUACUCCUCUCCUUCUUAAAUUAGCUUUUGUAGCUAAUUUGUUAUGGCAAGCUUGCCAUAGUAGUAAGCUGGCCUUUGGGGGGAGAGUAUUUCUUAUCUGCUUUGGAAUUAUCCAUGUUCCCUCAUCCUGGAGUUGUUCUUCCACCCACCCACAAAUUCCUUUGCAAGAGUAAAAGCCAUUGUUGCUGCCACACCAAAUCAGAUAGUCUUCAGACUUUACAGCAGGUGUGAUGGAGCCUUUGGUGCCGCCUCGCGUAGGGGCACAAGCAGCCUUUUGGAGUCACCCAGCGCUAGGUAUCUUCAAGAUUAACUUUGAUGCAGCAAUGCACAGGUCAGGGGAAGCUGGAGUGGGUCUAAUUGCUCGCAACGCUCAUGGCGAAGUCCUGGAAACCGCGUGUUUUUACAUUGGCCUUGCAACGUCCCCUUUGGUGGCGGAGGCCCUGGCUAUGCGGUGGGCUUUGGGUAUGGCUAGAGAUCUUGGCUUCCGAAGGGUUGCUUUCGAGACGGAUUGUUUGGUGCUGUUUGAAGCUUGGAAACGUUCUGGAGGGUGCUCCAUUUAAGAUUCUAUUAUUGUUGAUUGUCGUUUUUUACUUGCGAACUUUGAUGUUUUUGAUUUCUCUUAUGUCCGUCGUGACGGUAACCGAGCGGCGGACGCUCUAGCUAGUUUAUCUUUUGAGUUGCAUGACUAUGUGUGGAUUGAGGAGGUUCCUCAACAGUUAAUUUGCAUUGUCCAAGCUGAUGUAAUGGCCUCU